CUGUGUCUCUGUCUGUACAGUAUGAAUCUUUGGGAUGUGGCCGACUUUCUGAAGAAGUACGGAGUCAUCAAUGCCAUUAAUCUGGAUGGAGGCGGGUCUUCCACCUACGUGACUAAUGGAUCAUUGGCCAGCUACCCCUCCGAUCACUGUAAAUCGGACAGCAGGUGGCGCUGUGACCGGAACGUCUCCACCAUACUGUGCGUUCACCCGCGCCGCUGCCAGCCGGCGAACUGCAGCGGACACGGAGACUGCGUAGACGGACGCUGUCGGUGUCGGGAGGGCUGGCAGGGCGCCGCCUGUGACUCUCUGGUGUGUCAGCCGCCGACCUGCGGCCCCCACGGCGUCUGCACUGCCAAUGGCUGUGUCUGUGAUGCUGGAUGGAGAGGAAAGAACUGCAGCCAAGAGUGCCUUCCAGGUUUCUAUGGCGACGGCUGCAACCAAACCUGCGCCUGUGUCAACGGCGGUUCCUGCGAACCCGUCCACGGACGCUGCGCCUGCCCCUCUGGUUUCCACGGCAACACGUGUGACCAAGUGUGUCCUCUGGGUUUCUUCGGUCCGUCCUGCACUCAAGAGUGUCGCUGUGACGACCUGUGUCCGUGUGACCCCCAGACAGGAAGCUGUAACGCCACGCUGAGAAAAGAGACCAACUACACCUUACAGAGAGGUACACACACAUACACACAGUUACAUAGAGCUGAUUAUCUCCCUGCAGCCUCACAACUUCCUCUUCCUCGUUUACAUCAUACACUUACUAGAGAUUAUUGUGUGUUAUUGAUGCACUGAACUGACAUCGAACAUGAUCUCGCCAGUUGUAACCUCCAAUCAAUCACCUGUACGCACAAAUGUAUGUCCACCACUUUCGUUUUGCACUGCUGGAGUGAGACUGAGAGGGAGACACUGACAAAGAGUGUUUAUCACCGUGUGUGUGUGUGUGUGCGUGUGUGUGCGUGUGUGUGUG